AUGGAUGCCCUGGCGCCGAUAGAUCAUGCGCGAUGCCGGGAGCUGUCCCACCCCGACAUCGCCAACUUCUCCGUCUCUGUCUUCAUCGUCGUCGGCAUCCUCGUCUCGUACCUGCCGCAGCACUACAAGAUCAUCUCGCGCCGCUCCUCGCGGGGCCUCAGCCCGCUGUUUGUGCUCCUCGGCACCGUGUCGGGUACCGCCAGCAUCGCCAACAUCCUUACGCUGCCCGAGAGCACCAGGGACAUGGCCUGCUGCAAGGAGAUCGGCCGCUUCCCCUGCGCCGCCGCCCUGCUCGGCAUUGCCCAGAUCGGCGUGCAGUGGACUUGCUUCUUCUUCAUCAUGAUGCUCUUCCUGAUCUUCUUCCCGCGCCCGCUCAUCCCCGGCAUCGACCAGGACGCCGAAGAGGAAGACAUCUCCAAGAUGCCGACCUGGAAGGAGGCUGUGCUCGUGCUCGCCGUAUCGCUCGCCUUCUUCAUCUUCGCCUUCAUCGGCUCUGUCGUCUUUGUCUACGCCGUACCAUCGCACGUGCGCGGCUGGGCCAACUUCCUGGGCCUCCUCGCAACUGUGCUGGCUGCAAUCCAGUACAUUCCGCAGAUCAUCACCACGUGGCGGCUACAAGAGCCGGGUAGCUUAUCAGUGCUGAUGAUGUGCAUUCAGACUCCUGGCAGCUUUGUAUUUGCAGCGAGUCUGUAUGCUCGGUUGGGAAGCGGUGGCUGGAGCGCAUGGGGGCUCUUCAUCUUUACAGGUUGUUUGCAGGGUUGCUUGCUGGCUAUGAGUCUGUCAUUCCUGUGGAGGGACCGACAGGUGCAGAAGCGCCUUGAGCAGGAAGCAUCUCCUGACGCAGACAGUGAGCGCACGCCACUGCUGGUGACGGAGGAUAUAAGCUAG